AUGACACUAGAGGUGAACGAUUGCUUAUCGACAAAUGACAAUUUGCAAGCGAACAGGUACCCCCGGCCCACUGAAAUCGACACCUUCCAGAUAUUCCAGACUUUCCCGAUUCCUAUUAGAGCACAAAGAUGAGGCCGUAUCGACGUGUGUCAAGACACCCGUCGUGGUACUGUAUCUGUCGGCUACCGUAAUCGUCUCCUCUCCGAUUUUCAGCGCUAUUCCCUGCCGACCGAAGACAGUCCGCAACGAGAGUCUUCUGCUUUCCGCAGCAUUUCCGCCUCCGUGCUCGCCUCGCUGCUCCGCGACCGUUCGCGAGUUCUUCAGCUGAUUAUUUUCGACUGUCGAUACCCUUUCGAGUAUUUCGGCGGGCAUAUCAAUGUCUGAUUAUUCGAGUCUUGAACGUCAGAGACAAUAAUUCCAGGGAGCUGUCAACAUUUAUUCCUUGGACGAGCUGGAGAAGUAUCUGUUCGACGAGUUCGGAGUGAAAAGUACACUCGUCGGUCUGCUGCCCAUCUUCUACUGCGAAUACAGUCAGGUUCGGGGACCUGCCAUGUCAGUUAGAGAGGAAUUUGAAAAAAAUGAAAAUGGAAUGGGAAAAGUGUUUAGGGCACGACGUCUUCGGAAAAUAGACACUCAUAGGAACAAUCACAGGGCAACGUGCCUCGACUUUCCGGAGAUUUAUCUGCUCGACAAAGGAUACGUGAACUUCUGGUCGGAUCCCUCACUCAGAGUAGGUGAUGUCAGUUGAGCAGAGCGCACUCGUGUUUUACAGGAUCUGUGCGAGCCGCGACACUACAUUUCGAUGCACGCGAAGCCGUACAAACACGCCCUUCGCCAGUACACCCAGCACAGAUCGAAGAGCACGGCGGACGGUCGGAAGGCCAAAAAGAACCGUCUGCACGUGUUCAGCACCACACAACUGCUCGAGCCGCCCGAAGAAGUGGAGCCGGAGCUGGAGGUUGCACCUAGACUUUCGAGAGCCCGCACCCCGAGGACCCGACUGUCAUUUGAAUAAUUUGAACUGCCCACCAUUUUGUAUAGUAAGCCCUGAUCAUCGGGAAUGUAUAAAGUCUAGACCUUUAUCAAGUCAGACACCUACAAAUAAGUGCUCCGCGAGCUAUCAAUUGUACCUAUAUUCCCUUUUCCUUCGGCUGUUUUUUUAUGUUCUUUCUGUCAGAAGCAGGUCUUUGAUUACUUGUUUUAAAUUAAUUUCCGGCCUCACACGUGCGAUGUUUUCAAUUAAUGCAUUACCUGGUUAUUAUAAUCCCGCAGGAUAUUGUUUUCCUGGAUUCUUCCGGUAUAGUCUCAUUGUUCCUGUGAAGAUGUCUGGCUCCGAGCUCAUGAUUACAUCCACCGUAUCCAUUUCAGACUAUCUCGAAUAUGUAACUCACCGAGUACGCCUCUAGUUUCAUAUGUCUUCCAGGUAGACAUUGUCAUCUUAAAAGUUGGAACAGAAAAGUCCAGGUGCCCUCUUCAACGGCCUUCUGAUCUAUUUGAUUCUGAAAAGGACCCCGGCACAAGUGACGUCUAUCUUUUGAAUUUCGCUCUGUUUGAUUUUGCCACGUGCAUCAUUUCCUUCUUCUCUUGUCAGAAGUGAGUCACUGUCUGGGUGGUCUGUUGGGGACUUUACUCGGAAAAGCGCUAGCCCAGAGAACAGACGGCUACCAUUUGCAGGGUGAUUUUCUCCGGCUUCUCUCUGAUUUACGUUUUUCUGCUCGGAGAGACUCCGUCCGUCAAGCGGAUGCCUCGAAACUCUGCACGGAUUGCAUUCCGAUGGUCAGCCUAAUAGUCACUAUCUUCUUCAUUCGAGCAUACAGGUGAACGCAGUCAAUCUUGAGCUCUCCAGAACAAUCCGACUCAUUUUCAGAGAAGGGCUUCUGCAAAUGUUCUCCAAAUUCACUGGCGCCAAUUUGUUCGUUCCAAACUCCAUCAGCGAUGUUGUCGACGUGAGCAUUAUUGUGCCAAACUACACUUUCGAAAAACAGAAAAAAACCCUAUUUACAGAUCACACGGCCGGCAUCCGGAGAUGGCGAAAAAACGACGCACGUGAUGGAGCAGCUAUAA